AUGCCACGAAUUGAUCACGCGCACUAUGAUAUCUACAUUGCAAUAUGCAAGGCGCAACCUAGAUAUCCAACUCAUUGGAUUCUUCUUCUGCACCACCCAGGUGCAGCACUAUGUACAUACUUCCAUUCUGUUGGUACACCCGGUACUUACGAGCUUGCUAUUGAGCCCAACAAGAGAUUUGACAGCUGGAGCUUCGAAAGCACAAACUUUCUGGCUCGCAUUCCUGCCUCCGCGGGUGCUAUCGUCGAGGACCAAGCAUACUCUGUGCCAGCGCAGAGCUGCCAAUGCUGGUCGUCUUACAUGAUUUAUAGACUGCAGCUUUUGAACCUUAUUCCUCAAGGCACUUAUGAACACUGGCGGGACUUCCAUAUGACCUCCCGUCGUGAGGAUAGGGGCCCCGGCUGCUUGUGCAAUAUUUAG